AUGCCCGAGUCCGAGCUCUCCCCCAAGUUCGCGCCCUUCCUGGGCAUGGCCGGUAUUGCCGCCGCCAUGGUCUUUGGCUGCAUAGGUGCUGCGUACGGUACCGCCAAAGCCGGUAUCGGUAUUGCUGGUGUUGCUACCUUCCGACCUGAUCUUAUCAUGAAGAGCUUGAUCCCCAUCGUCAUGUCCGGUAUCAUCGCUGUCUACGCGUUGGUGGUCAGUGUCUUGAUCGCCCAAGACUUGAACCCGGGGGCAUCAUACAGCUUGUUCAGCGGCUUCCUUCAUCUUGCGUGUGGACUGUCUGUGGGCUUGACUGGUAUGGCUGCCGGUUACUGUAUCGGCAUUGUCGGAGACAAGGGCGUGCGUGCCUACAUGGAGCAGUCGAGGAUCUUUGUGGGCAUGGUCCUCAUUCUUAUUUUCGGCGAAGUUCUCGGUCUAUACGGACUUAUCGUCGCCCUGAUCCUGAACACCAAGAGCAAGGCUUAA